AUGCCGAGCAAUCACAGAACAUCCAUCACAUUGGACGACCAGCCCAGCAUUGGUAGCUGUCAGUGUGCCUGGCAAAUCCCCUCUUCCACCUUCCUGUUGAGGGGUGUCUUUGCUUUCAUCCGGGAAGCCCUAGCUGAUGACCUCAAGCUGCACUUCAGCGAGGAGGCGAGGUCUCAGUACUGGGAGAACCAGCGUGAAGACAUAGUGAGUGCUCUGUGGGGGUUCCCUGGGCUCACUAGAGAUCUGUACGGUCAUCAGUCAGCGUGGUACACGGCUGGCUUCCACAGGGCGCACACGGAGACUGACAGGGAGAGGUUCCCAGCUCUGUUUCUGGAGUCACCGCAGGAGCCGGUGGGCGAGGAGCAGGAACCUCCUGUUCCCUCUGGCUGGGAGGACCGCAGUACUGGUUGGGGGAGCGGUUAG